AUGGGAGGCUCGUUUUCACGACUGUGGUCCCUGCUGUGGUCAAAAAAGGAAAUCCGCAUUUUGAUCUUGGGCCUUGAUAAUGCUGGAAAGACGACACUGUUAUAUAGAUUAAAGAUCGGCGAGGUCGUGACCACAAUUCCCACCAUCGGAUUUAACGUCGAGUCGGUCACCUACAAAAAUCUAAAUUUGAAUGUUUGGGAUCUCGGAGGGCAAACUUCGAUUCGUCCCUACUGGCGAUGCUACUAUGCCAACACGGCGGCCGUUGUCUUCGUUAUAGAUUCGACCGACAUUGAACGACUCGGGAUUGCAGCGGACGAGCUCGCGGCGAUGCUCAACGAAGAGGAGCUGCGUGAUGCGGCUCUUUUAGUGUUUGCCAACAAGCAAGAUCAACCGGGCGCCAAGGGGGCGGGCGAGAUCUCGGAAGCACUGAAGCUGGGCGAGCUGCGUGACCGGAACUGGAGCAUCGUUGCCUGCUCAGCCAUUGACGGCAAGGGUAUCAACGAAGGCAUGGACUGGCUGGUGCAAACGAUUCAAUCGGAAAAUGCAUAA